UUAAAUUAAAUUAAAACCUUCGUCUCUAUAAAGCCCCAAAACACAUCCCACUCUCAUAUUAAAGUUCUCCGUGUUCUGAAAAACAAAGCUCCAUCCAUGGCCGCCUCCAUCAUGGACAACAAUAGAAUCUCUCUUUCUAUGAAGAGGACUGGCCAAUGGGUUUUUUCUCGAGAUAUUGCAACUGAUGUUGUGGUCGUAGUUGGUGAAGCCAAUUUUAAUCUUCACAAGUUCAUGCUGGUUGCGAAGAGCAAUUACAUAAGAAAAUUAAUACUAGAAUCGAAAGAACCUGAUUUAACAAGAAUCGAUCUCUCGGAUAUACCCGGAGGACCUGAAAUCUUCGAGAAAGCAGCGAAGUUCUGCUACGGAGUCAAUUUUGACAUCACAGUUCACAACGUCGCAGCUCUUCGUUGCGCCGCCGAGUAUCUGGAAAUGACCGAUAAAUACUGCGACGCCAACCUCGCCGGAAGGACCGAGGACUUUCUCUCUCAAGUCGCCGUCACGAGCCUCUCCGGCGCGGUGGUUGUAUUAAAGUCGUGCGAAGAUCUUCUUCCCAUUGCUGAGGAACUCAAGAUUGUGCAGAGAUGCGUCGAUUUCGCAAGCAUUAAGGCUUGUAAUGAGGCGAAAUUUCCGAGUCGAUCGCCGCCGAAUUGGUGGACAGAAGAGCUAACGAUCUUAGACAUAUCUUUCUUCGACAAGAUCAUCAGAGCCAUGAAAUCGCGCGGCGCAAAAGCCUUAACUAUCGCCACCGCCAUAGUCACCUUUGCAGAGAGAUCGCUUCGCGAUCUCGUUCGAGAUCACUCUGGAAACGGCAAGAAGUCGUCAGAUUCCAGCGACUCCUCCAACGCCAGUUUUAACCAGAGAGAGCUUCUCGAAUCCAUCGUCGCACUCUUACCGUCCGAGAAAGCGGCGUUUCCUAUCAACUUCCUCUGCUGCCUCCUCCGCACCGCCAUCUUCCUCGAAGCUAAAAACAGCUGCAAGAACGAGAUCGAGAAGAGAAUCUCGGCGAUUCUAGAGCACGUAACUGUCGAUGAUCUUCUGAUUCUUUCGUUUACGUACGAUGGAGAGAGUUUGUUUGAUUUGGAGAGUGUUAGGAGGAUUAUCUCGGGGUUUGUGGAGAAGGAGAAGAAUAUGGCGGUGUUCAAUGACGGUGAUUUCAGGGAGGUGUGUUCGACGGCGAUGCAGAGGGUUGGGAAGACGGUUGAUGCGUUCCUCGGUGAGAUCUCUACGUAUGGUGAGUUGAGCAUCUCGAAGUUCAAUGCAAUUGCGAAUCUGGUGCCCAAGGGAGCUAGGAAGGUUGAUGAUGAUCUUUACAGAGCCAUUGAUAUCUACUUGAAGGCUCAUCCAAAAUUGGACGAGAUUGAGCGCGAGAAGGUAUGCAGUGUGAUGGAUCCACUAAAACUCUCCAACGAAGCUCGAGUUCAUGCUUCCCAGAACAAACGGUUACCACUACAAAUCGUCCUCCACGCUCUCUACUACGACCAACUCAAACUCAGGAGCGGCAACGAAGAGGAUCAUAGUAACCUCAAAGACACCGCUGCGACAACAAGAAGCCAAUUACAAGCAGAUGUGUCGUUGAUUAAAGAGAACGAGGCCUUGCGAACUGAGCUACUCAAGAUGAAGAUGUACAUUUCAGACGUUCAGAAAAACAAAGGAACUAAGAAGCAGACAUUCUUGUCGUCUGUGUCGAAGAGGUUGGGGAAGCUGAAUCCGUUCAAGAAUGGGUCUAAGGAUACGUCGAAUAUGGAGGAUGUUGUGGACAUUACCAAGCCUAGGAGAAGAAGGUUCUCCAUCUCUUAGAUAUAUAUAAUAAUGGAGCAAUAUUUGUUAGCCUCUUUUGUUUUGUGUUGUGUUGUGUGUGAUUUUGUGUAAAGUUUGGGUGUUUUUUAAAUAUUUUUUUUGGGUGAAAACUCUCUCUAGUUGUGUUGUGAUUUGUUCUUUCUUUGUUGCCUGUUUUUGUGACAUAAUUUUGUUCAAGAAUGGGUUGUUUGUUUGUUUAGUUGAACGAGAGAUGAAUAAGGGAAUGUUUAGGAACUGGACUUGUGCACCGAUUGUAAUUCUAUUUAGUGUUGGGUGAUUGUAAUUCUACUUA